ACAUUUCGGUGAGUGAGUAAAAGCUUCAUGGUAAAUGCGAUUUAAGGCACAUCUCAGAAAUGGUCGAUGAUCCGUUCGGACGUGUGGGAGUUAAGAGAGCGCAGCCCCACUUCUCGGUAAUUCGUUUUCUAGCUGUACGCCAUCAACUCCCCUCCCUCUCUGCGCUCCUCAUCUGAUUGACACUCCUCAUCUGAUUGACACUCCUCAUCUUUCUGUCCCCUUCUUCCACGCUCAAAUUCUUCCUUCUCCAGUUUAAGUUUGCGUAUUUGCAAACUCACUGUUCACUUGUGCUUCGGAGCUUGUUCGUUUCCCUGAGUAGUCACCUUCGACGUGUAUGCGGGUACAGACGUGUGUGGAGGAAAAUUUUCUUUGGAGGUCAGGGACAGGGAAUGCGCUGUUAGCUGAAUCGCUGAACUUCUGGUUGUUGCUGUUUCUACCAUUUGGGGCAAAUUUUGCACAGGAGAGUUUGGAUACAGGUUGUAGGUGUGGGUGUUCUGAUUAGUAAUUGGAAGCAGAUGUGUGCAUUUGGAGAAGAGAUUUGAGGCCCGGCUCAGAUAGACGAAGCUCAAAUCAUGUUCAACAAGUUCAACAAACUUCGGUCCGGGUUGCGCGCUCCUGCCCAGUCGGAGGGCGUUGAACACAAUGGAGGAAACUGGAUUCCUAUGUACAUCAGCAGUGGUAAGGGAAAUGUGACGAAGAGUACGUUGAGAGGCAAGGAUCCUGGCCUAAUUGCAGAUUCCGAGGCCGUCUCUGCGGAGGGGUUGUUUCCUGUCAUAACAGGUGCCACGUCUCCCAUGGAGAGGCUUCAGCGCAGCAGUAAUACCAUCGACGCUUGCCAGCUCCCGGUUGCGGUUGACGGGCAUGGUAAAUCGUCUCCGAAGUGCCCUGUGGUCACCGUCAGCAGGAAGAGCGUAGAGUUUAUCGAGGAGCAGCCUCAGAACCUGGUCAGGAAAAGCUGGGCGGAUGAAGUUGCGAACGCUUACCACUCCAAUGGCGACAGCAGGAGGAAGAGCGGUGAGCCGGUUUUGAGGUUAAGACCUCAGAACUGUGAUAGCAAUAGGACUGUAACGUCGACUGAGUCAACUUUCAGCAGACGUGACAAUUCUAGCAGGAGCUGGACUACUGAAUCUAUCUCAGAUGAUGAAGAGCACAUUGACAGGUCAACAUCCUCUGUUUUCUAUGCAUCCGAGGGAGAAGAUGAUAGCGAAGGAUCCGCUGAGUACGCCGAUGCAGAGGAGAAGUUCCUGCAAGCUAACACCGAUUACUUCGAGACCUUGUCUCUGGAGAAUGUCCGUAGGGAUCAGUAUCCGAAGCUGUCCCUCCACAGGCAUGUGUACAUGGACUAUGCAAGCUUGGCCCUUUCUUCUCGUUUUCAGAUGGAAGAGCACAUGAAAAUUGUCAUGGCACAAGGUCAUAUGUUCGUAGGAAAAUCCAGCUCCUCUGCUGAUUAUGCGUCCAUGGCGCAAGUACGGCUUCUGGAAAUGUUUCAUACGGAUAGCACCGAGUACACCGUCGUUUUCACGACCGGUCUCAAGGCUUCUUUUCGUCUAGUUGCAAAUGCCUACCCAUUCCGAAAAGGCAGUCCGAUUUUGGUUGCUCAGGAUAAUCACGACGCCGUCAAUCAGUUAACUGCGGCAUCUGUUAAAGCUGGCGGGAGGCCUAUUUUGGCUCCCCUCGAAGAGACCGACCUCUCUCUAUCGAACGCAACUCUUCGACCGUUAAUGAAGCGCCAUAUCUUUCAAUCUUCUGGAAGCCUCUUUGUGUACCCUGCGCAAUCGAGCAUCACUGGGAUCCGCCACUCAAUGCAAUUGGUCAACAAGGCACAAACUUCCGGAUGGCAUGUACUUGUGGAUGCGUCGACAUUGCUCCCAACGGGAACUCUUAAUCUAUCGCAACACCAACCCGACUUCGUACUCGGUUCAUUCCAAAAUAUUGUUGGGUACCCUUCCGGAAUGGGAUACUUGCUAGUUCGAAGGGCAAGCUUCUUGGUAGGUCAUGCAUCGCACUCAAACGCCAUAACACUUGCAGCGAAGGGGUCAUCCACAAAAGUGCAGAAUUUCCACAUAGUCGCCGAAGACGAGAGCCUAUCCAAGCUUUCCUUCGCCGGACUCGACUUGGGUCUUCAACAUUUGCAAACAAUCGGGCUGGACGUGAUCCAGACUCGCGUGAGAGCGCUCGCGAACUGGAUGGUGCAGAAUCUGAAGGGGCUUCGCCACAUCGACCCUGAUGACUGGAGUUUGCUGAAUGUUUAUAGCCCCUACAUGGCAGAGGACCGCGGCAACAUUAUCUCGUUCAACGUCCUCGAUAGCACGGGCGAGGUGAUUGUGCCGUCGUUGGUGCAGCGCCUAGCAGCUAAGAACCAGAUCACACUGGCGGUGGGAUCGUUCAGCAACCCUGGAGUGGCGAACCUUCUUGGACCUGCGAAGGACAGAGUGAGAAACAUCAGCGUCUUCGAGCGAGCUCCGGAGUUCGAAUGCGUACAAGUCUCCCUCGGUCCUCUGUCCAACUUCGAUGACGCGUACCGGGUUGUGUACUUCUUGAGUCGAUUCCGCAACCAGGACUACGUGUCCAUGGAGGCGCUCGGCUUCAUGGAAGAGUCCAGCUUAUCAUCUUCACAAUUUGGGUGAAUAAAAUAAGGGCUUUCCGCCCGAACUGUUGGCUCAUCUCUCCAAGAGCGUUCUUCAACGCUGCAGGGGACGGUCACAGUUCGACUAAACGUUGCAUCUGUGUCAACAUUUUUGCCACCAACCUGCGUUCAGCGCCCAGCUUCUUCCAGAACGGAGAUCAGGACGUUGACGAUUGCGCUGGCGGCGUUUUUCUGGGUGCGCCUACUUCGAUGCCUAGAUUUCAGACGGUGCAUCGCACAGUGUGGAUGAUACCCAACAUGCUACUCCAACCAGAGCAGCUCCUUCCAACCAUCUCGUGUGGAUAUGUUAGGGGAGACCGCUACAGUCGGGGUCGCUGCACUUGUACGCCAGACCAAAGCUGUAUAACGGCUGCGGUGGCGAUUCAGACCGAGUCCUCACCAGGUAGUGUACGUAGCCGUUUGGCAGAUCUAGAAAACUGUGUAAUAUGAGGGGAGAGUUGAGGAGGUUUUUUUUAUGGAUUUCCGGAGGCCAAGAUGAGUCGGCGUCAUGGCAGUAAUCACUGCAGACUUGGUCUCGCUGCUUGCGCUCCGUGAGGUAGUUUGCAGUGGAACUAGUUGCAAGCAAAGUGCGAGGUGAGCAUCUAAGAGGACUACGCACAUGAUUCCGAGGAUGCGAGAGACAAUCCUCGAGAGGGGUCAUAGCCGGCGAGGUCUAGCUUCUGAUAUUCUUUGUAUCAAUUUUGUACGAUUCUGAUAUUCUUUGUAUCAAUUCUCAGCAUCCGCUCCUUUGGCAGCAACUGCAGCUUGUCUAUGUGGAGCGGUUUGUUCGAACUUUCAUCACUUCGGUGGAAUUGUUACCACGUUUCUUAGCUGA